CAGCGGCUCCGCCCGGCCCCGCCGCGCCCGCCGGCAGGGAGGGAGGGCGGCAGCACCCGCGGCUCCGAGCGGUCGGCGCGGACCAUGUCGCCAUGUCGGAAGUGAGGAAGUUCACCAAGCGGCUCAGUAAGCCGGGCACGGCGGCCGAGCUGCGGCAGAGCGUCUCGGAGGCGGUGCGGAGCUCCUUCGUCCUGGAAAAAACUAAAGUGGUGGAACCCCUGGACUAUGAGAACGUGAUCCUUCAACGCAAAGUUCAGAUCUACAGUGAUCCCCUCCGGGACCUGCUGAUAUUUCCCAUCGAAGACGUAUCUAUCUCUGUCAUCAGUCGGCAGAGAAGGACUGUCCAGUCUACAGUGCCAGAAGACGCUCUAAAGAAAGCUCAGAGUCUCUUUGUCAAAGAGUGCAUUAAAACCUACAGCUCAGACUGGCACGUGGUAAACUACAAGUAUGAGGAAUACUCAGGAGACUUUCGAAUGUUGCCAUGCAAAUCCUUUAGGCCAGACAAGAUUCCAAGCCAUGUGUUUGAAAUUGAUGAAGACUUUGAAAAGGAUGAGGAUUCCUCGUCCCUGUGCUCCCAGAAGGGUGGUGUGAUAAAGCAAGGCUGGCUGCACAAAGCAAAUGUAAAUAGCACAAUCACUGUUACCAUGAAGGUAUUCAAGAGGAGAUAUUUCUACUUGUCACAACUCACAGAUGGUUCCUAUAUUCUUAAUUCCUACAAAGACGAGAAAAUUUCAAAAGAAUCCAAAGGCUGUAUUUUCUUGGAUGCUUGCAAUGACGUUGUUCAGUGUCCUAAAAUGCGCCGUUAUGCGUUCGAACUGAAGACAAUAGAUAAGUACAGCCACUACCUGGCAGCUGAGACUGAGCAGGAGAUGGAAGAGUGGCUGGUAACCCUGAGAAAGAUCAUUCAGAGCAAUACUGAGAGUUUGAUGCAAGAGAAGAAAGAUACUGUGGAAUCUGUGCAAGAUGAUGAAUCAAGCACGCAGGGAAAAUCAGACAACAUCCUGGAGAGCCUGGAGAGAAGCAUGCAUCCGGAGCUCAUGAAGUAUGGAAGAGAAACAGAUCAGCUGAACAAACUGAGCAGAAAUGAAGGAAGACAAAACCUCUUUUCUUUUGACCCAGAAGUCCAGAGGCUAGACUUCUCAGGGCUCGAGCCUGACGUGAAGCCCUUUGAGGAAAAGUGCAGCAGGCGCUUCGUGGUGUGCUGCCAGGACUUGUCCCUCAACCUCCUCGCUCAGCUCAGCGACAGAUCGGAAGAAGGACCCACCAAUGUUGAGCCCUUUUUCCUAAGCUUGGCAUUAUUUGACCUGAAGAAUAAUUGCAAGAUUUCAGCUGACUUCCAUGUGGACUUGAACCCACCAUCUGUCCGUGACAUGCUGCUGGAUAACUCCCCAUCAGGAGCAGAGAACACCAAGGGACGUUCGCUGGGCGAGAGCUUUGUGCAUGGAGUCCCCGAGUCUCGCCUGCGCUACAUUAAACGGGGUGUUUUCUCUGUGACUGACCCACACGUGGAGAUCUUCCUGGUGGCCCGUGUAGAGAAGGUGCUGCAGGGCAGCAUUACACACUGUGCAGAACCGUAUAUGAAAAACUCGGACCCGGGGAAGACUGCUCAGAAGGUCCAUAAGGUGGCCAAGCAGGUGUGCAGCCGUCUGGGGCAGUACAGGAUGCCCUUUGGCUGGGCUGCCAGACCAGUGUUCAAAGACUCCCAGGGCACUCUCGAUGCUGAAGGAAAAUUCUCACCUCUGUACAAGCAAGACAGCAGCAAAAUCUCAAAUGAAGAUAUGCUGAAGCUUUUAGCAGAGUAUAAGAAACCAGAGAAGACAAAACUACAGGUCAUUCCAGCCCAGUUAAAUAUUGUCAUCAAAGACAUCCCACUGGACUUCACAAAUUGUGUCACAGCUUCUUACAUUCCUAUAAAGCCCUUUGAGAAGAGCUGUGAGGACAUUGCAGUUGAAGUGGAGGAACUUGUCCCAGAAGUUGCAAAAUACUGUUAUCCGUUCACUGUCUACAAAAACCACCUCUAUGUUUACCCCUUGCAUUUGAAGUAUGAGAACCAGAAGGUGUUCGCAAAGGCAAGGAAUAUUGCUGUCUGUGUGGAGUUCAGGGAUUCAGAUGAAGCUGAUGCCAGGCCGUUAAAGUGUAUAUAUGGCAAACCCGGAGGCCAUCUCCUGACCACAAAUGCAUAUGCUGCUGUGCUGCAUCACAACCAGAGUCCGGAGUUCUAUGAUGAGAUUAAAAUUGAGCUUCCAAUUCACCUCCAUCAAAAGCAUCAUUUGCUUUUCACCUUCUAUCAUGUCAGCUGUGAAAUUAAUGCAAAGGCAACAUCGAAAAAACAAGACACCAUUGAAACUCAAGUGGGAUACGCCUGGGUCCCCUUGCUAAAAGACGGACGGAUUGUCACCCUGGAGCGGCAUCUGCCCGUUUCAUCCAACCUUCCACCUGGCUACUUGGGUAUUGGGGACACAGAGUCACGAAGGCAGCCCAGUGUGGAUGCAAAAUGGGUGGAUGGAGCAAAGCCACUGUUUAAGGUCAGAAUCCAUUUGGAUUCGACCAUUUACACCCAGGACAUGCACUUGCACAAAUUCUUCCAGUACUGCCAGCUGGUUCAGGGGGGAGCUAAGGAAGUCCCAGGAGAGCUCAUUAAAUACCUAAAGUGUUUGCACGCCAUGGAGAUCCAAGUAAUGAUUCAGUUUCUACCUGUAAUUCUUAUGCAACUAUUUAGAGUCCUUACAAAUGUGACCCAGGAAGAUGAAGUAGCUGUCAACUGUACCAUGGUUCUUCUGCACAUCGUGUCCAAGUGCCAUGAAGAAGGUCUAGACCACUACUUGCGCUCCUUCAUAAAGUACGUCUUUCGAGCUGAGAAACCCAGCGUCACACAGGCGAAGAUGACCCAUGAAAUCCUGGUCCUUUCCAUGGCCACCAUCCUGAAGCAGUCAGCAGAUUUUCUAGCCAUCAAUAAGCUACUCAAGUACUCGUGGUUUUUCUUUGAAGCACUGGCAAAGUCAAUGGCAAUGUACUUACUGGAAGAAAACAAAAUCAAGCUGCCCAGAGGCCAGCGGUUCCCCGACUCCUACCAGCACGCCCUGCAUUCCUUGCUGCUCGCCAUCAUUCCUCAUGUGACCAUUCGCUAUAAUGAAAUCCCCGAAGAGUCCAGGAAUGUCAACUUUAGCUUGGCCAACUUCCUGAAGCGUUGUUUGACCUUUAUGGACAGAGGAUUUGUUUUUAACUUGAUAAAUGAUUACAUUUCGGGAUUCAGCCCAAAAGACCCUAAGCUGCUGGUUGAAUACAAGUUUGAAUUUCUUCAAACCAUUUGCAAUCACGAGCACUACAUUCCUCUGAACUUACCAAUGACCUUUUCUAAACCCAAGCUGCAAAGAGUUCAAGAUUUUUUUUCAUUUGCUGUGGAACGGUUCACUUCAGUAGAUGUAAAUCUUGAAUACAGCUUAACUGAUGACUAUUGCAAGCAUCAUUUCCUGGUGGGGAUGCUUCUCAGAGAAGCCUCUGUUGCCUUGCAGGACAACUAUGAUAUCAGAUAUACAGCCAUCUCAGUCUUAAAAAAUCUCCUGAUAAAGCAUGCCUUCGACAACAGAUACCAGCACAAGAACCAGCAGGCAAAAAUAGCCCAGCUGUACCUGCCGCUGUUCGGGCUGCUACUGGAGAACCUGCAGCGCGUGGCCAGCCGAGAGGCUCUCUACUCCUGCGCCGCCGCCUCCAGUCCCACAUCCAGGGAUGAAUUCAUGUGCAGUUUCGCAUCCCCAUCAAACAGAUCCAGCCUGAUUGCAGACAAAGAUCCAGCCAGUGGAGCAGCACUUCCAAAUGGCCAUGCAAUAAAGCGAGAGGACUCGAAAGGAUCCCUGAACUCAGAGGGGGUGACCAGUUCUCCAGAUCAGAGUGAAAAUAUCCGCAGAAGCUCCACGAGAAGCAGUGUGUCACACUGCAGCCGCCUGGACCAGUUUGAGAUCCGAACACUCCUGAUGUGCUACCUCUACAUUGUGAAGAUGAUUUCUGAAGAUACUCUUUUAGCUUACUGGAACAAAUUCUCACCCCAGGAGCUGAUCAAUGUCCUUGUGCUUUUGGAGGUGUGUUUAUUUCACUUCAGAUAUGUGGGGAAGAGAAAUAUUGCCAGCUCCUGCAUGAGACCCCCAGGCCCACGCGCUCCCGGUUGCAGGUUGGCAGUGUCCCCCCCAGCCAGCUGCAGGGUGCAUGAUGCCUGGUUAUCCAAGCACACGGGAACCGAUAGGAAAUCCCAGACGAUGCCAGCUCUCCGCAGCAGAGCUGGGGGGAUGCAGGUGCGGCUCCAGCAUCUGGGCAGCUUGGAGACCUCCUUCACACUCAACCACAAUGCAGGCACCUCAGAAGCAGAUAUUGUGCACCAGGCGUUACUGGAGGGCAAUAUUGCCACCGAAGUGUGCCUGACAGUCCUGGACACCAUCUCUUUUUUCACUCAGAGUUUCAAGACCCAGCUUUUAAGCAACGAUGGCCACAAUCCGCUCAUGAAAAAGGUUUUUGAUAUUCAUUUGGCUUUUCUCAAAAAUGGACAAUCAGAAGCCGCUCUUAAGCAUGUGUUUGCCUCUCUGAGAGCUUUCAUUAGUAAGUUUCCUUCAGCAUUUUUCAAGGGAAGGGUGAACAUGUGCGCUGCCCUCUGCUACGAGAUCCUGAAGUGCUGCACUUCCAAGGUGUCCUCUACAAGGAAUGAAGCCUCUGCUCUGCUCUAUCUCCUGAUGAGAAAUAACUUUGAGUUCACCAAAAGGAAAACGUUUCUGAGAACCCAUCUUCAGAUAAUAAUUGCAGUGAGCCAAUUAAUAGCAGAUGUGGCACUCAGCGGUGGGACAAGGUUUCAGGACUCCUUGCUCAUCAUUAACAACUUUGCAAACAGUGACAGGCCUAUGAAGGCAACUGCUUUUCCUUCUGAAGUCAAAGAUUUGACAAAGAGAAUCCGUACAGUGCUUAUGGCUACAGCUCAAAUGAAAGAACAUGAAAAAGAUCCAGAAAUGUUGGUAGAUCUACAAUACAGUUUGGCCAAGUCUUAUGCAAGUACCCCAGAGCUCCGGAAAACAUGGCUGGACAGUAUGGCAAAGAUACAUGUAAAAAACGGAGACUUUUCAGAGGCAGCCAUGUGUUAUGUUCAUGUAGCAGCCCUCGUUGCAGAGUUUCUGCACAGGAAAAAACUCUUCCCAAGUGGCUGCACUGCCUUUAGGAAAAUCACUCCCAACAUUGAUGAAGAAGGUGCAAUGAAAGAAGAUGGUGGGAUGAUGGAUGUACAUUACAGUGAGGAAGUCUUGGUAGAGCUGCUGGAGCAAUGUGUAGAUGGCCUAUGGAAAGCAGAACGUUACGAAACAAUUUCUGAAGUUUCAAAACUGAUCAUUCCUAUUUAUGAAAAGCGGCGUGAAUUUGAGAAACUUACUCAACUAUACAGAACGCUUCAUGGAGCGUAUGCUAAGAUACUGGAAGUAAUGCACACAAGGAAGAGACUUCUUGGAACAUUUUUCAGAGUGGCCUUUUAUGGACAAGCGUUCUUUGAAGAAGAAGAUGGGAAGGAAUACAUCUAUAAGGAGCCCAAGCUGACAGGCCUCUCAGAGAUCUCCUUCAGACUUCUUAAACUUUAUGGUGAAAAGUUUGGGUCGGAGACUGUAAAAAUUAUCCAGGAUUCUAACAAGGUCAACAUUAAAGACCUUGAUCCUAAGUAUGCCCAUAUUCAAGUGACUUAUGUGAAGCCGUAUUUCGAAGACAAAGAAAUCUCUGAAAGAAAGACUGAAUUUGAAAGAAAUCAUAACAUCAACAGAUUUGUAUUUGAAACUCCUUACACUUUAUCUGGAAAGAAGCAUGGCAGUGUGGAAGAGCAGUGUAAAAAAAGGACCAUUCUAACUACUUUGAACUCCUUUCCAUACGUAAAGAAGAGAAUUCCAGUUAAUUAUGAACAUCAGGUUAAUUUAAAACCAAUUGAUGUCGCUACUGAUGAAAUAAAAGACAAGACAGCAGAGCUGCAGAAACUCUGCUCUGCUGGUGAUGUUGACAUGAUCCAGCUGCAACUCAAAUUGCAAGGCUGUGUUUCUGUGCAGGUUAAUGCUGGUCCCUUGGCCUAUGCCAGAGCUUUCUUAAGUGACAGCCAGUCCAGCAAAUAUCCCACUAAGAAGGUGAAUGAGUUAAAAGAAAUGUUCAGGAAGUUUAUACAAGCUUGUGGAAUUGCUCUGGAGCUCAACGAGCGACUCAUUAAGGAGGAUCAAGUGGAGUACCAUGAGGGCCUAAAAUCAAACUUCCGGGACAUGGUGAAAGAGCUUUCUGACAUCAUCCACGAACAGAUCUACCACGAAGAUACAAUGCAUUCGCCAUGGAUGCACGACUCCCUACAUGUCUUCUGUGCAAUCAGCGGAACAUCUAGUGAUGGAAGUUACUGUUCACUUAGACCCACUGCUGAAAUAUAAACAUAUCAGUCAUAUUUUACAGAGCUUUCUCAGGAAUACUUGGAACUGUAAAAAGGAUGUUUAAAAGAGUCCAUGAUGAGCAAAGAUUCAAUAUGUUUUUUUUCAAAAAAGGUUGCCAUGCUUUCAAACAGGGUGCUUGCUUAUUUUGCUGAGCAACAUUGAAAGUGCCUGGACAUUGCACCACUGUGCUUGUUUUCUACUCUUUUUUUUAAGCUAAAUGUAUAACAGGAGAUGGAAAGGCAGUUAUCUAAGUGUGUAUUGAAUUGCUGAACUCUGAAUUGAAACGAUAAUGGUACUAUGUAAAGUUGUACAAUGGAAUAUAAUAAAAUGUAAAACCACUUUGUAAAUAGAAGAAGCAUAGAGUAUAUAGAAAUUAGCAUUUUAUUGUAUUUGCUGCUAAAAGCUUUGUUGGACAGGGAACAUGAAGGAGAAAUCAUAGUUGCUAGUAAGAGACCUUCGCCUUCUAAAAAGUGACCUGAGGUCCAGAUGCCCAAUUGCAUGCACACAAGGAGAAUAAACUCGCCCUGGUAUGGAAUAAGUAAAACCUAAUUCAGAAACGAUAAUUUUUGUACAGCCUCUGAACAAAUAAUUCUGAAGUAAACUCCAUGAGAGCUGAGAUUACUAUAGCUGAUUUCAAUUUUGGCUUCUCACGGCUGCAGGAGGAAGGGUUGUAGUCACAGAGGACAACCCAAGAGCUUUGGCAUUUGAUAAUGAUUUUUCUGCUUACCACUCAUGGUCUCACACAGAUAUAAACUCUGAAGACACCUUAAACUGAGUUGAGAAUUAUGAAGUGCUUCAACACCUUUUAGAAAAAAUCUAAAAAUCUGUGAGACGUGCUUUAAAAAAAUGCAGUUUGUCAAAAUAACUCAUACAAAAUUGAGGGGUUUUUUUAACCACAUAUGACGUGCAUGUUCCCUUCUGUUAAACACAUCUGUUUUCUGAAAGCCCUUUAUUUUUAUCUCUCAGGUCUUUGGAGAAAAUGUAUUUUCCCAAUUCUUUUAUUCCUUCUCCCCCUGCUGAUCUUUAAUACAGUAUCUCUCUUUUGUUUAAUAGGACAUUUGUAGAUGCAAGAAGAAGAAAACAGAUCAGUAAUUCUUUUAUCCAGCAACAUUUUUAACAUCUGUGUUUUUCAAAAUCAUGUCAAUUGUAAAUAGGGUUCCAGUAGUUCAUAUGGGAAGGGUGGGUUUUUUAAGGAUAUGUAACAAAAUGUCAUAAUAAAAGGACUCCAGCUGGGUGUUCAGCUUGGCAAUAGUGUCUAUAAAA